CCACUACUUACUUCACCUCCCUCCUCCUCACCUCUUUCACCACUCACAAUGGCUGCCGCCGUACUCGCCCCGGCUCGGCCACUGCCACCUCGGAUGGACCUCGAUGACGAUGACUUUGACGUGGGAGGAGACAUCGACCACGCUAUUACCCAAAUCGACGAGAAGGCCAUUGAGCGCAACGAUUCUACCGAGCCAAUGGCCAUGCUCGCCUUCUACAAGCGCAUCCUACCCUUCAAAUCUCUCUACACUUGGCUCAACCGCGAUCUCCCUCACCAGCCCACCAAGAACUUCACACAUCGCGAGUUCGCCUUUACACUCACAAAUGACGUUUACAUUCGAUACAACUCAUUUGCAGACUGGGAAGAAUUCAAGCGCGAAGUCGUCCGUCUCAAUCCAGCGCGAUUCGAGAUCGGACCCGUGUACACGGCCAAGCCCAAAGACCGUAAGACGGUGCAGAAGUCCGUCUUCCGGCCAGUCUCCCGUGAGCUGGUCUUUGAUAUCGAUAUGACCGACUACGAUUCGAUCAGGACAUGUUGUUCGGGAAAGGGCAUCUGCAAGCGCUGUUGGUCCUUCAUCGCUGUGGCGGUAGAGGUGCUGGAUGAGGCACUUCGCAGUGAUUUCGGCUUCAAGCACCUGCUGUGGGUCUAUUCGGGAAGGAGAGGUAUCCACUUGUGGAUCUCGGACAAGGACGCCUGCGAGAUGGCAGAUGAGGCUAGGAGAGCCAUUGUUGGUUGGUUGGAAGUGGUCAAAGGCGGAUCCCAACAGAAGAAGAAGGUCGAUGCAGGUAAGACUCUGCAUCCGGCCUUGAGAAGAGCCGUUGGUGGUGAAGGCGGCAAUGGACCGCUCACGGUCGCAUUCGUAGAGACGGUUCUCCGCGAUCAGGACUGCUUUAGGCAAAGAGAGCAAUGGGAGCUCCUCCUCUCCCUCCUCCCUUCUACGGAAAGCGAAGCUCUAGGUCGCCUCCGCAACAAGUGGGAGUCUCAUCCGUCGCGCAACUCUCAGGACAAGUGGGAAGACAUUCUUGCCGAAGCGAAGAAGUCGAAGGCCGCCUGGAAGCCCGCGAUGGAGGAGAUUAUCCUGCAGUACACCUACCCACGAAUUGAUGCAGAGGUGUCAAAACACAGGAACCACUUGCUCAAGUCACCCUUUGUCGUACAUCCAGCCACGGGUAGAGUCUGUGUGCCCCUCGAUGCCAAGAGCGUCGCCACUUUUGACCCUGAAGAGGACUGUCCUACUGUGGCUCUACUACUGAGGGAACUCAAUGAGUGGGAGAGGAAAAACGGCAGGGGAGGUGUCAAGAUGGAAGAUGAUGAGGGGAAGACGUCUGCGGUGGUUACCAAGGGGGAUUGGGAGAAGACAAGUUUGAAAAAGUAUGUGGAUUUGCUGGAUCGACAUUGCGCUGCUAUCACAAAGGAGGCUAGGGAUGCAAAGAGAGUCAUGCAAUCUCACUCGAUGGAUUUCUGAUGACUCGCAGCCCCUUCAUACGACCUUUGGCAAAGCCCUUUCCUUCACUUCUUGUUCCCCGGCAUACCAGACUCCUCACACACAUGUACUCGUUCGUUCUCUCUCAGUCCCCCUUGUAUAGCAAUGUCAAUGUCAUGACCCUUUCACGCUCGGGAAGAAGAGACUGGUGAAAAUAUCCAUUAUUGAUCAAUG